AUGGAAAAUAAUUUUAAAACAAUUCUAUCGUAUUGGGCAAUAAAAGAAAAAAAUCAAAAUAAUCAAAAUAAAGCCAAUAUUAGUAACAAUAAUAAAAAUAAUAAUAAUAAUAAUAAUAAAAAUAAUAAAAAUAAUAAUAAUAGUGAAAAUGACGACAAAAAUAUCACUGAUGUCAACACUACUAUUACAAAUUCAUCCAAAAAUGAUGAUGCAAAUAGUAAUAGUAUCACCACUAUUAUUUCUAGUUCUCCUCUUGGCUAUGAAAAUAUUCAGUCAAUUGAAUAUCAACCACAAAUUAAUUAUAAAUCAAUUACUACAAGCAUGGAAUCCAUGUUAAUAAAUGGUGAUAUUAAUAAAGAUAAUUUAAUAAUAAAUAAUAAAUCAAAUAAUUAUAAAAAUUCAUCAAAUUAUUCAGUUUACAGUAGUGAUAGUAAAAUUGAAGAUGGUGAUAAUGAAAAAGAAGAAGAAGAAGAGAACAGUGGUGACAAUCAAUCAAUAUAUAGUGCAUAUAAAGCAUCAUCAUCAAUAUUUUCAUAUGAAAGACCAGUUGGUGAUUCUACAUCAACAUCAUCAUUAUAUGGUAAUAGUUCUAGUUGUGGAUAUGGUCCAAAAAAAGGUAAUGGUUAUGAUAUUGAUGAUUCAUCUUCAAUUUAUAGUUCAUAUGGUUUAUCUUAUAGUGGUAGUGAUAUUUAUGGUAGUAAUUAUGGUAGUAAUAAUAAUGAUGAUAAUGAUGACGAAAGUGAUAAAAAAUCAAAUAGUGAUAUUUAUUCAUAUGGUGGUAAAGAUAAUAAUAAUAGUUCAGAUGAUGAAAAUGAAUUAAAAAUUAAACAAGAAAAAUAUUUACAAGAAACUAGAAAUAAAAAGAUUGGUAAUGAAAAUAAAGGUAGAGAUUGGAAUCAAGAAUUUCAAUCAUUACUUCGUUUACAACCAUCAUUAGAGAAAUUUCAAAAACUUACAUUUUUAGCAAUGGAUUUUGUAAAUUUUGCAGAGAAUUAUGGUUUUAUUAUUAUAAAGGAAAUGUUUUUACCAGAUCAUUUAAAAACCAUUAAACCAAUUGAUAUUGGUGGUAUUGCAGGUGGUCAAAAAUUCAUUUGUCAAGGUAUUCUAUUCAAGUUUGCAUAUGAUACUAAAAUCGGUGAAAAUGGUUAUUUAUAUGGCGGUAAAUAUCCAUCGGAAACCAGUGCUUCAAAAGCUGCAGGUAAUGAAUUAAAAAGUUUAUCAUCAUUUUUUCAACAUGUUUUAGAUAAUGAAUUUGCAGAUAAAGUUAAUGUACCAUUGAUGUGUAUAAUUGAUUAUUUUGGUUAUCGUUUGAUUGCAAUGUCAGUAAUGGAGAUUAAUAAACAAACACUAACCUAUGGUUCAAGUGAUGGUGGUAUAACUGUACAUGCAGAGGAUUUAGAAUUAAACUCAAUAAUGGAAACCAUUGGAAAAUCAAUGAAUUUAAGAGGUCAUUUAACUGGUAUCAAUCCAAAAUUCAUGUAUGGACCAGGUGAUUUAGAAGUUCAUAAAUCAAAAGGUCAAUAUUAUGUUGUUGAUUUUGGUAGAUUAUUACCACCUCAAUCAUUCUGUGUCGAUCAACCAAAAGGUAAAUCAAAUUCUCGUGAUAUCUUUUAUAAAAUGAUUAGACCUGAACUUUUAAAACAAAGUGUAAAACCAUUAUCAUCAGAUUCUUAUAGUGGUUGGGGUUUAUCGGAUCCAAAUCAUCUUGAAUAUAAUAAGGAUAUUGAUGAAUUAACAACAAGACUCUAUAAUGAAAUUAUACCAAAUGCUGCAAAGGAAAUUCAAAUUGAAUGGGAAAGAUUAUCAUCAUUAGGUACUGAUUAUUUAGAUCAAUUGGAUAUUUCAGUUGAAGCUCAUAAAUAUGGCAUCAAUCAUAGACAUUUAGGUAGAAUUAGAUCAUUGAUAACCAAUAAAUCAUUAAGAAAAUCAAUUUUAAAUGAAAUGGUUGCAAGAGUAUUUAGAAAUCAAAUUAAAGAAGAUCAAAGAAUUCAAUUAACUGGUCAAAGUGUUUCUUCUGAAGAGAAAUGUGUUCAUAUCAUUGUUUCUUUCCUUAAUCGUAUCAUUGGUAAUGAUCGUUUUGAUACUUUAAAAGAUUUUUGGACAAUUUCAAUUAAAACUUUAAUUUUAAAGAAAUAUUCCAAUGGAUUAUCUUGUUUAAAUGGUGGUUUAUCUGAUGAAGAAUUGGAUACAAAAUUCGAUCUAUUAGAUUCAAUUGAUCUUUAUCAAGUUUUAUUGAAAUUUCAAAAUAAAAGUGGUAUUAAACUUUCAAGUCGUGUUAAAUCAAUUCUAAAGAAAGCAAGUGCAUCCACUCAAAAAAUUAGAUUACCAGUUUUAUUUUACACUGAUAUUAAAUCAAUUAGACCAGUUGUAAAACAUAGUAAUAUGAUUGCAAGAUCUGAAGGUAUUUCAUUAUAUAUGAAAGCGGUUGAAUUAAUUUAUUCUAAUCAAGUUUACUAUGGUAGAAAAGUUCAGCAACCAGAUAUCUCUAGAUUUAAUUCAGAUUUUAGUGAAGAGAUUGGUCUAUUGGAAGCAUGUAAUCAAAAGCUAAGCAUUGCUUCAAGAUCUUCAACAACUGAUUCAAGUCUUUAUCAUCUAUUGGGUUUGGUUGAUUUUGAACUUUUAAAAAUUAAACCAAAUGGUGCAACCGAUGUAGUAUUAAGAAAAUCAGCAAAAGAUAAAUUAUUAGCAAGUGUACGUUAUAAUGAAAAUCCAAAUAAUCUUACUUCAUUAGCAACCAUUUUAGAUGUUUGUGGCGAUUUUAAACAAUCUGAAGAGAUUUAUAAUAAAUUGAAACAAAUGGAUCCAUUAGUAGUUGUACCAUUAUUAUUUGAAAGUGCAUCACUUUAUUCACCCUAUCAUGCAAAGAUUACAAGUGAAAAAUUAUUGGCAGUUUCAUUUCACCAAUUUUUAAAUUUAAUUGAUAUUUUAUUAUCAUUGCCACCCGAUAGUUUAUUAGUACAUCAAUAUCUACAAGAUUCUUAUAAAAUUUUAACAAUUUUAAUAUUACGUACAGCUUCAACACCAGAUUUUCAAAUUCAUACCUCUGUUACAAAACUUGUAACAAUGAGAAAAUCAAUUGAAUUUAAUCAUCAAGAUAUUAUAGAACAAACUCAUGAAUAUAUUGAAAAUGCUUUUAAAUUUAAUUUAAAUUUAAUUGAUGAUUUCAUUUUAGAAUCUUCAAGUCAAUUUCCAUCACGUUUACCAUUUACAAUUUUAUUGAAAUAUUCAGUUCGUUGUCCAUCACUAUGUUCAAGAAUUUUAUCAUUCAUUCAAGAUACAAAAUCAUUGAAUAAAUUUAAUCCAGAAAUUGUUAAACAAAUCUUUUCAAGUGAAGAUUCUCUAACAACUCUAACUGAAACUUUAAAGAUUCAAUUAGAUUAUAUAAUUUUAAAAAGACGUUAUGUUUCAUUUGGUAAUCAAAUUCAAUUACAAUCUUUAAUUUUUGAUUCAUUAUAUUUAAAUUCAGAUUCAUUUUAUCAAUUUAUUAAUGAUUUAUCAAAUGUAUCAAAUAAUUUAAAAUAUUUAAAAAUUUUUGGUGGUAGAUAUAAUUCUAGCUCCACUGAUGAUCAACAACAACAACAGCAACAACCAAUAGAUUAUAGUAAAUUAAAUUUUAAUUCAUUAACUCAUUUAGAUAUUGAAGAUAAUGAAUUUCCAAAUGAACUUUUAAUUUCAAUUUUAAAAACUUCAAAGAAUACAUUAAAAGAUGUUAGAUUACAUUAUUAUGAUUUUCCAUUGGAUUGUUUAGAAUUAGUUGGUUCACUUUAUUCUGUUGAAAAAAUAUUAUUAAGAAAUAUGGAACCAAAAGUUAAUGUUAAUCAUAUUCCAACCUCUGUAAAAGAAAUAAUUAUUGAUUCACAAAUGUCAACAAAUCAACCAUUAUCAGAAUUAAUGAAACGUUGUCCAAAUUUAGUUGAAUUUAAAUUAACAACUGAUGAAAUUAUUAGUUCAGAUUUGAAAUCAUUAAAAUCUUAUCCAAUUAAAUCAUUAGAUAUAAAUUCUUAUUCUGAUUAUUUAAAAAAUAAUGAUAUGUCAAAUGAUAUUCAAACUUGGUCAAAUUCAUUAACAAACUUAAAAUUAUUUUCAAGUAGACCGUUUGAAGAUUUUUCAAAUUUCAUUUCUCAAUUAAAAUCAAUCAAAAAUUUAGAUCUUAGAUUUAAUGCUGAUGAUAAUCAAAUUAAUACUAUUUUAUUAUCAUUAAAGAAUUUGGAAAAUUUUAAAAUUGAAUCAAACAAAUAUCAACUAUUAUUAGCAAAUCAAAAUAAUCUGGAAGUAAAGAAUGAAUCUGUAAAAUCUUUUACAAUUAGUAAUUCAAGUGCACCAUCAAAGAAUUAUUCAAAUAUUGGUUUACUAUUUCCAAAUUUAGAUUCAUUAGAUUUAAUUUAUCCAAAAAGUAUGAAUGAUGUUUCUUUUAGAGGUAUGAUUGAAAAUUUACAUCAUAUUAGUUCUUUAUCUUUAUCUUGUUGUUAUGAUUUAACUGAUAACUCUAUGAUUGCUCUUUGUAAUUCUCCACUUGCUUCAAACUUAAAAACUCUUAGUUCAAGAGAUUUUGCAAUUAGUGAUGGUUCAAUCGUUAAAAUCAUUUUCUCUUGCCCAAAACUUUUAAGAAUUCAUAAAUCCUCAUCAUUUAAAAGACCUGAAACUCUAUCUUUUAUUCGUUCAUCUUAUCCAACAUUAAUUAUUGAUUUUUAA